GCUUGCAUUAAUUUGUCCAGCGCUGCAAGGUAGGCAGUAUCCAAUACGUGGCUGAUUUUAAAUGUGUUUUCUUUCAUUUCAGAUGACUGAUUCCUGCAGGUGUGCAUCUGAUUUUUUAACCCACUGUCUGAUAAAACAUCAUUGAUCAUGAGGACAUUUAUUAAAUCAUGGAUUCCUCAGUGUUUGCGGAUUCUUGGGUCACCUUGCAGGUUAUUCCAUGGAUGCAACAGGCUUUUUACAUCUCAGCUUCUCUCUUAUUAUGACUCUAUAAACCAGUGUAAAAAGGAAAUGCCAGAAUAUUUCAACUUUGCAAGUGAUGUCUUAGAUGAGUGGUCACGACUGGAAAAGGUUGGAAGACAAACAGCAAAUCCAGCUUUUUGGUGGGUAAAUGAUGAGGGAGAAGAGGUAAAGUGGAGCUUUGAAGAGCUGGGAUUUCUUUCUAGGAAAGCAGCUAAUAUACUUUCUGAGGCAUGUGGUUUGCAGAGAGGAGACAGAGUUAUAGUAGUGCUGCCUCGUGUUCCUGAAUGGUGGCUACUGUAUGUAGCCUGUAUGCGAACAGGAAUUGUCUUUAUUUCAGGAACAUCUCAAUUAACAGCCAAAGACAUCUUAUACCGACUCCAGACUUCGAAGGCCAAGUGCAUCAUUACCAAUGACACACUGGCACCUGCAGUGGAAUCAGUCAUACCUGACUGCCAGUUUCUGAAAAGCAAACUAAUUGUAGCCAAAGGGAGAAGAGAUGGGUGGCUGAACCUCAAAGAACUCUUUGCGGUGGCAUCUGCUGACCAUAAAUGUGUGAAGACAAGGAGUCAAGACCCAAUGAUAAUCGGUUUUACUAGUGGAAGUACGGGCUUUCCAAAGAUGGUGGUGCAGUCCCACAGCAGUUACGGCAUUGGAUUUGCAACUAGUGGCAGGUACUGGAUGAACUUGACUCCUUCAGAUAUAAUGUGGAAUACUUCUGAUACUGGCUGGGUAAAAUCAGCUUGGAGCAGUGUUUUUGCACCAUGGAUCUGUGGAUCCUGUGUCUUUGUACACAGUAUGCCACAGUUUAAACCAGAAGUUAUCGCACAAACUCUCUCAAGAUACCCCAUCACUACCUUUUGUACUGUUCCCACCGCCUACAGCAUGCUGGUCCAACAUGAUCUGAGCAGGUAUAAGUUCAUGAGCCUGAAACACUGUGUAACUGGAGGGGAACCGCUCAAUCCUGAAGUGAUGGCGAAGUGGAAAAUCCAGACAGGGGUGGAUAUCCAUGAAGGUUAUGGCCAGACAGAAACCGUAACAAUUUGUGCCAAUAUGAAAGGGAUGAAAAUUAAACCUGGCUCUUUGGGAAAACCUGUUCCCCCUUAUGAUGUCCAGAUAGUAGAUGACCAUGGGGCUAUUCUGCCUGCAGGAGAAGAAGGCAACAUUGCCGUCCGUGUUAAACCAACGCGACCAUUCUGCAUGUUCUCUGAGUACUUGGAUAAUCCAGAGAAAACUGCUGCCUCUGUGCGUGGAAAUUUUUAUGUCACUGGGGACAGAGGGAUUAUGUGUGAAGAAGGAUAUGUCUGGUUUGUUGGAAGAGCUGAUGAUAUAAUUAAUUCUUCUGGGUAUCGCAUUGGCCCAUUUGAAGUUGAAAGUGCGUUAAUGCAGCACCCUGGAGUCUCAGAGGUAGCUGUUGUCAGCAGUCCUGAUCCAGUUCGAGGGGAGGUAGUCAAAGCCUUCAUUGUUUUAGCUCCUGCUUAUGUGUCACACGAUCCAGAAAAAUUAACUCAUGAGCUUCAGCAAUAUGUCAAGAAGGUGACUGCACCUUACAAGUAUCCGAGGAAGGUGGAAUUUGUUCAGGAUCUGCCAAAGACGGCUACUGGGAAAAUCAAGAGAAAGGUUCUAAGGAACAAAGAGUGGGGAAAAGUUUAACAUGGUCUGGAAACUGAGGAGAGAAGAUUCCCAUCAUCUGUACCAGCCAUAGCACAUCACACUUGGCAUGUGGUCAUGACCCAGAGCACUAGGAGAACUUAGGAAAAAACAAGCCAUAGAAAAAAAAAGGGGGAAGUAACACUCACGUGGCUUGAGGAUGCUAUCGGCCUACAGAUUUCCAGGAGACAGAAGGUGCAAGUAAU